GUGAGUUCGGGGAGGUGUGCAGCGGGUGUCUGCGUACCCCAGGUCAGAAGGAGAUCCCGGUGGCCAUUAAGACCCUGAAGGGAGGCUACGUGGAGCCCCAGAGAAGAGACUUCCUCAGAGAGGCCUCCAUCAUGGGACAGUUUGACAACCCCAACAUCAUACGGCUGGAAGGAGUGGUCACCAAGAGCAGACCUGUGAUGAUUGUGGUGGAAUACAUGGAGAACGGAUCCCUGGACUCUUUUCUAAGGCAGCAUGAUGGCCACUUCACAGUGGUCCAGCUGGUGGGGAUGCUGCAUGGCGUGGCGUCAGGGAUGACCUACCUGUCUGACUUGGGCUACGUGCACCGUGACCUGGCCGCUCGCAACAUCCUGGUAGAUGAGGGUCUGGUGUGUAAGGUGUCUGACUUCGGCCUGUCCAGAGUCCUAGAGGACCACCCUGAGCCUGCAUAUAACACCAUGGGGGAUAAGAUCCCGGUCCGUUGGACAGCUCCCGAGGCCAUCACCUACAGGAAGUUCUCUUCAGCCUCCGACGUCUGGAGCUACGGCAUCGUCAUGUGGGAAGUGAUGUCGUACGGGGAGAGACCUUACUGGGAGAUGUCCAAUCAGGAUGUGAUCCUGUCUAUUGAGGAGGGUUACCGUCUCCCUGUCCCCAUGGACUGUCCUGGGGUUCUGCACCAGUUGAUGCUCCACUGCUGGCAGAAGGAGAGAGGGCAGAGACCUCACUUCAACAGCCUGGUCUCCUUCCUGGAUAAACUCAUCAGGAACCCCACUAGUCUACUGACACUGGUGGACAACAGUUUUCCAGAAUCACUGGAGGAUGUGCCGGACUACCCUCUGUUCAUCUCCAUCGGUGAUUGGCUGGACUCCAUCAAGAUGAGCCAAUACAAGAACCAGUUCCUGGCAGCAGGGUUCACCACCCUGGACUCUGUCUCCACCAUGAGUAUAGAGGACAUCAGGCGUAUCGGUGUGUCUCUGAUUGGCCACCAGAGGAGGAUAGUGAGCAGCAUUCAGAGUCUCCGUCUACAGUUCCUCACCGUCCAACACAACGGCUUCCACAUCUAAACCAACCCCCAGAACG